UUCACAUAUUUGGUACUAGGAACAUUCAAACAUUAAAACAUGGUAUUGAAUUAUGUGAGACGUGCUGAAAGAAUAUUGGUAAUAGGACUAGCUUGCAAAGAUUCGUUUCGUUUUAUAAUAUUGUUCUCUAUAUCGUCUCAAAUUUGUAGUUGCCACAUAUUGACAACAACACUCACCUAGAAAAUCUUUCGACUGGAUCAGUUGCAUUUAGGUUUCUUGUUUAAGAAGAAAUGAUCUAGGGCCUAGUUCCAGUGAAACAAAGUUUCUUCUUCUCAAAUUAAAAAUGGUACAAUAAAUUUAUCUUGAUAACUUGCAAUUGUCUCCAGCUAAAUUGUCUCCAGUGAUCUCAGUUAAACUCCAUUUUCACGAAAGCACCAAUUAUGACACAUAGAAAUAACAUGACAGAAAUGAACACAUUUAAUAGGAAUGACGAGGAUACAACUCGUAUGCUUAACAGUUUAUAUGACAGUCCAUGGCGGUCUUCACCAUUACAGUCUCAUAACACAGCUGAUAGAUCUACAUUAGAAGAAAGACAACAGUUUCUACCACCUGUUAAAUUAGAUCCAGGGUUAGAAACCGUGCAAGAAUUUGAAUAUAGAAAUAAACUAAAAGCUGAAGAAUUAGAAAAGAAUCCUCCCAUAGAUAGGUUUAGACUAGUUUACUUUAUAAUGGCUUUUCAUGGUAUUGGAAUUCUCAUGCCAUGGAAUAUGUUUAUAAAUGCCAAAGAAUAUUUUGAAAAUUAUAAAUUGAACUCUACAGAAAGUCCAGUACAAGAUUACAGCAAGUACUUUUUGUACUACGUUGGACUUGCUUCUCAGUUUCCAAAUGUCUUUAUGUCUUUAGUUAACUUUUGCUGUCAAUGUGGUGGAGGAUCACCAUCUGUUCGAAUUAUUAUAAGUCUGCUGAUAAUGGUUGUAUGUUUCAUUACAACUGCAGUCCUGGCUAUGAUAGAUACUUCUGGCUGGCAAGAAAUAUUCUUUAUUGUGACAAUGAUUUCGGUUAUUGUUCUCAAUAUGGCAGCUGGCAUUUAUCAAAAUAGUAUGUAUGGACUAGCUGCUAUUCUUCCAAUGAAAUACACUAAUGCUAUUGUAUUUGGAAAUAAUUUCUCUGGAACACUGAUAGCUGUCAUAAACAUUAUUACUAUCAUCGUUUCACCAAACACAAGAACAGCAGCCAUUUACUACUUUGUGGCUGCCAUUGUAGUUCUUCUCUUGGCUUUUGAUGCUUACUUUGUUCUACCACUUACUAAAUUUUAUCGACAUUUCCUUAAAAUUGUUGAAUUGAAACAACUGGCUGUAAAGAACCAAGGAAAUAAAACUUGCUUAACAGGAUUGAAGCGGUAUUGGUUUGUUUUUAAACAGAUUUGGGUUAUGGUGUUUUGUGUAUGGUUUGUGUUUUUCAUAACACUCUCUCUGUUCCCAGCAGUACAGAGUGAUAUCAAGAGAAUUAACUUCCCUAUCAGUGAUGUGUAUUGGGCUCCUAUCUUCUGUUUUCUCAACUUUAAUUUCUUUGCCAUGAUGGGUAAUCUGGCUACUGAAUGUGUUCGAGUUCCGGGACCAAGAUUUGUGUGGAUUCCUGUACUGUUAAGGGGUUUAAUACUUAUUCCAUUCUUUCUUCUGUGUAACUAUCAGCCUGGUCAGAGGUUGUUACCAGUUUAUAUACCCAAUGAUUAUGCGUAUAUUGUAGGAGCUGCUCUUAUGGCUUUUACAAGUGGCUAUUUCAGCAGCCUGGUCAUGAUGUAUGCCCCAAAACAAGUAUCUCCAGCAUAUGCUGGUACAGCUGGUAUGAUGAUGGCAUUGUUCCUAGUUUUAGGCAUUGCAUCAGGUGUCAAUUUCUCCAUUGUUCUUACUAUAAUUGUGGAAAAAGUACAGAUAUAGGUCACCUGUAUAUUCCUAAGAAAAUAUUGAAAAGUGUUUGUAUAUUAUAGGGCUUCCACUUUAAAAUUUUCAGACUUGGUAAUAUUUGAUAACCCGCGAAACCUUUGCAAAUUAAAUUCAUAUUUCAUGUGUUUUAUUUAUGGUAACAUAUCGUGAAUUCAUGUGUCUAUACCAUUUUGUCAGAAUGGUGUACACAAAAAUUUAUGUAUUUCACAAUGAAAUGAAAUAAUAGUAGAGCUUAUAAUAAUUAUUUUAAUUAUUCAUGAAUGAAAUCGUAUUUAAGUAGCUUUUUCUUACUUGGUUAAAGACAAAUAAAGAGCUGAAUUGGCCGUAGAAAAAUCAUUCCAGUAGCUCAUACGUAUUACCACAUGCUCUAUAGAAAACACGCUGACCUGGAUAAUUUUUAGUUGUAAUCCAAUAACUUCGAAAUGAAGAUAAAUAUAUAAUUAUCCAAGGCAUAUUUCUCACAUUUAUCGAUUUUAGACCAUCUCUUACAGAUGUUAUGGCAUUACAGGCCACAUUAUUGUGAUGUAAAGCCUAAUAAUGAAUAACUUAAUACCUAAUAUCAGACUAAUUUCACAGCUAGGGACACUAGUGCCCCCUAGAAGUAGAAUAUAGUCGUGCAUAAUAAGAAUAAAAAUAUGCACAAUAUUUUAGUGACACAUGAAUUAUCAAUAUUGCUAUAAAAUAGCACUGGAAUACGGAAUAUUCUUAAUUUUUUCGGUAUACAAGUUUACUAAUCUCUAGCUUUUAUUUCUAUGAUCGUCACUAGAUCGUAAUACCGUGGUAAAAAUAACUUUGAAUGCAUUUUCCUCACAACAUGUUGAGGAUUUACGUAAUUUCUAUGCUGCUUUUAUUUAAUACGACAGUUUGUUUGAUUCGAAGAGCAGUACUUCAUAUCUGAUUGCCUUUUUUUGAAGAUCAUAAUUAUCUUAUUUACACCAUGUGUGACCGUAAUAGAGGUAAAGCGGCUUUGUUAUAGGAAAUUCUUAAUGACACGUUGACAAUAGGUGAGUGUUCAAAAACCUAUUCAUGUCAUUGAUAAGAUUCCCAUCUAACAAUUAACUUUUAUUGUUCUACUACCAGACAUUCUAGAUAAACACUCGGUAUAAUCUAUUGACAACUAUGUAUACAACUCUUUAACACCAAUCAUGAGAUUACGUUUCUUCAAUACAGGUGCAUUAUUCUAUAAACGCUGUAAAUUUUAUAGUUACAUAGCGGAGGGCGAUCAUAUCCAUGUUUGAAAAUUGUCUUUUUUCAAAAAUACGCUAUUUUUCCGGCGUGCAAAAUAACCUAUGGGUCAGAACUAUUUUCGGUCAUUUUCCAUAGCCCUAGGUCUCGACCGGCAUAUACGGUCAACGUGGAACCCAUUGUAUAUUGGCACUGUAUAUUGUUCAGUUAUUUUAGGCUGCUAUACAGGUAUAUCUUUUACCACCUUAUUGCCCCAAAUAUUAUUUUACUUUGGUUGGAUUGCCAAACCUCCAUUUAUUUGGUAAUAAUAUCUUACUUGGCACUAUGUAUUUUGCAUUAUAAUGUUAUCUGGUUGUAGUACCAAACAGAUGCACCAGUUAUAUCCAUCUACAGGUUAUUCUUAAUCCUGAUAACCUACAUUUAUUCUGUCAAAAUACAUUAGUAAUAAUGAUUUACUUGUUAUUAUAUUAUAAUGUAGUCUGAUCAGUUAUUUUAUUGUUUAUCUAUUUAAUGUUUUUAUACUCCCACAUUUUCAUGUGGACAUAUGUCAUCACCCCUGCCCGUCCACAAUUUGUUUGUAGACACUGUACAGGUCACAAUUUUUAUCUGAUUUUGAAGAAACUUGAAAUAUAGGUUUAUCUCCAAAAGAUCUUGGUUCCUUUCGAUAUUGGCAUGUAUCGGACAGUAACUUCAUGGAUUAAGCCCCUGAUUUUACGAAAAAUCGUAUUUUUAGCUUGUGGACCCUCUAGAAAUCACAAUUUUUAUCUGAUUUUAAAAAUCGUUUAAAUUUAUUACCGUUACACCACACUGAAGUUUAUACAAUAAUGAAGGAUGAGUUCGAAUUUCGAGAAAAAUCGAAACCAAACUGCCAGACAACAUGGCUGCUCCUUGUACUCAUAUAGUGUAAAAGUAUGUAAUACAAAGGUUGUGGACCCUCUAGAUGUCACAAUUUUUGUCAGAUGUUGAUGAAACUCAAAUAUAUGUUUAUAUCCCAAAGAUCUCAGUUCUUUUCAAUAGUCUCGCAUUUCAGACCAUAAAUUACUUGAUUAUGGCCCCUGAUUGUACGAAAAAUCUUCUUUUUUUUUUUAGCUUGUUCUCUUUCCAUCUCUUGCAAAAAGUGGGUGUAUCUUGCGUGGUAACUGCUGGUUAUUGUUGAAAAUUAUAUAGAGAGUAGUAAUUUAAUAUUGACAGUUGUGUCUGAUGUAAUUAACAGCCUGGAAUUUUAAGGUGUAUAUAAUAUCAGUAGUCAAUAUUAUUCCAUGAUCUAAAGAGAUGAUCCAUGAUUUUAUAUAUUUUACAGUAAUAUUGUAAGAAAUUUUUGUGCCAUUGGCCAACAUUGUUUAAUAGUAAUAGGUCUCCUAGAAAGCAAAUCUUGCCUGCAUUGGAUGAUAAUUUUUCUCUCCUUAAUGUUAAAUAUAGGGCUUACAUAAACAUUUCCAUACAUUAAUUGAUGAUAUUAUGAAGAUCGUAUACUCCCCACAUUUACAUGUAUAUUACAAGUUUAAAUUUAAAAACUAUUGUAGCAGUUUUAUUUAUAUAUUAAAUUGUAAUGUCUUUAUUAUUUGUGAAAUUAUUGAAGUGAACAUGGAUUGAGUAUACACAAAAUUAGUGAUUUACUUUGUCACAAAAUACACAAGGAAGCUUUUUGUUGUAGGAUAGAAUUCCUACAAUCCUUCCUUCACCAAAAUAUGUACAGUGAAGACAUACUUUAAUUGUGUUCUCUCAUUAUUUUUGCCUUUUUGUAUAUUUGAAGGUAAAUAAGUUCCUUUGUAUUCAAUUACGGCAGUAUCUUUGUAUUCGAUUUCGGCAGUUGGAAUAAUUAUUCGGUUCAUGUGAAAAUAUUGUAACUUUAAUGUAUUAUCUUUAUUCAUGACAAUGAAUAUGAUCUCAUUACAUGUACACAUUAGAGUGCAAAUUAUGUCUGUGUGUUAGUGUUUGAUUAUAAUUUUCUCUAAUUAUUGUAAAAACUGUUGUUGGUUUAAGAGAUCACUUCCUAAAUGUAACAGGGUUCCCGCGAUCCUUGAAAAUCCUUUAAUAUCCUUAAAUUUAAAAUUUCAUUUCCAAGGUCUUGAAUAUCCUUGAAUUUUGCGGAAAUAGGAAAAUAUCCUUGAAUUUCAGUUGAGAUCCGUAAUUUUGUUUCAAAUGUCUUCAAUUCCUUUUAAAUAUGAGAUUAUAACGAUAGUUUUGGUUAUUUUUAAGAUGAAAAAUUGUAACUUUAGGCUAAAAAAUGUCCUUGAAAAUCCUUGAAUUUGACAUAUAUUUAUCCUUGAAUAUCCUUGAAAAAAUGUUUGACGAAGCCGCGGGAACCCUGUGUGAAAUCAACUAUAAUAACUGCUCUUCAUUCCACAAUACACUAAGGCAGACAAUCAUUUUAUUCAGAGCUAAUUUACAAAUUUUUUGGGAAAGAAAGAGGGUAUUUUAUUGUGUAUAUACUUAUCACUUUGUUUUAAUAUAUACAGCUGUUGAUUGAUGUUUUCUUUUAUUUUGAUACCAGUUCACCAAUCUACUUUCUUUUUUGAUUUGUUCAUUGAUUGUGUUCAUGUCUUUUGGUCAUGAUUAUUAUAUCAAAACUCAGACGUAAUUGUUAUUAUCCUACACCUCACCCAUGUUUAUAGUUGAAAAACAAUCUUACCAAUACAGUAGACUCCGCAUAUGACGGACGCGCAUACAACAGACUAUCGCUUAUAACGGACACAACAGAUUGGUCCCGAUUUUUUUAAUAGAAAUUUCUUAUUUUCAAAGUCUUUUAUAUAGCGGAUACUGUAUAACAGACGAUUUUCAUCGGUCCCUAAUCAACAAAUCAAUGUAAAAGUCCAUUAUUAUAACGGACUCUUGAAUAAGAAGAACAAAAUGAUGAUAUUACUGAUUUUAUUAUCAAUGACUGGAAUACAUUUUCCAGAAAAUAUCCAUACUGAUUUUAUGGGAAACAUUUUUCUGGGAAAAUUCAGCCCAGGCACAACAGCGAUUCCACACACACGGAAAUCCCGAAUAACAACGGAAAUUUUGAGAUUUCAAUUUGUUCAAAAGUAAAUUUUUUAGUCUUCUUCUUCCUCAAGUAAAUUUCAAAAGUCUUCUCAAUAUGUAUAUUCGUCCAGCUUUAGCUAACAAGUAGUGUGUUCAUCUCUUUGCUUAAAAUCCAUAGAAAAUUGGAAAUAAACGUGUGGAAACCCUGCAGCACACUGAAGUGUGCCACGCUGAGAAUAGGCAUCUGACUGGUGAUUGCGACCUCUUGUUCUUAGUGUAGCAAUUAUCUUCACUAGAUUAUUUUCCUUCAUUUAUACCUCAAAGAUUAGGUAUACCUCAUUAUGAACCAAAAUGAACCAAUUUUCAGUUUAUGAAUGUGAUGCACAACAUUAUGGAAGAAUAAGAUUGCCAAUAUCAUUUCAAUGUUCACGGUGCAAAAUGCACAUGUCAGCAGUUCAAAAUACUUAGACUUAUUUUAGUUUUACAAUUUGCAAUUUCCAUUGCACCACAAUACCAAUGUCACAGUGUUAAA